CGUACUUGCAAUUACAGCACGUUUUACAUGUUGACCGAUUCACACAAAUUGGGAAAAUAUCAACAUUAAUCAAAUCAGAAAGCAAAAAACAUUAUGAGUUCUCAGCGUGGUAAUGUGUCUAGAACCAGGAAACAAAAGCAUACAAACUCUAUUAGUUAUAAAAAUAAUAAGCAUGGUGAAACACCUAAAACUAAAGCUUUGAAUAGUUUGCAGAUAUGCAACGUCUGUGCCCACUGCAAGGAUGUACUUGAAUGGAAGAUCAAGUAUAACAAGUACAAGAUGCUAAGUGCACCCGCCAAAUGCACCAAGUGCUUAGAAAAAACAGUUAAGCAGGCAUAUUCCAUUCUCUGUCAGCCAUGUGCAGAAAAAGAAGAGUUGUGUGCCAAAUGUGGGAAAAAAGAAGAAAUUGUGUGUCGACCAGAACCCACUGUAGCUGAAAAAGCACAAAUGGAAGCAAAGUUCCAAAUGGAACUAAAAUCCUUGAGUGAAAGAAAACGUCGAACAUUCUUGAGAUAUCUUGACAGACUUGGUAAAGCCAAGGAUGAAGAUGAUGGUGAGAUAGAGUCAGGAGAAACAAAACGAAAACCCACUAACUGGAUGGAGGAAGCUGAAAAACGCCUAGAACUCUUGAAGCUUCGGCAGCCUAGUGAUGUAAAAGUUGUCAAAAACAGUUAAUGAAAGCAAACGAAAAUGCGUAUCGAAUUAGUUAUUCUAGGCAGUCUUGUUUUGUCUACAUCAGUAGUUGGGAAUGCAUAUUACCAAAAAAAGCAAUUUUAUCCCUCUGUGGUUCACAUAACAAAAUCCAAUCCUAGCAUGAUGGUGAUGUAUAUUCAAGCCCUAGUCAUUGUAGUUUUACUGGGCAAGUUGAUGAAGCGAGUGUUUUUUGGACAGCUGAGAGCUGCCGAAGUUGAGCACCUUAUUGACCGGUCAUGGUAUGCCAUAACGGAAACAUGUUUGGCUUUCACUGUGUUUCGAGAGGAUUUUUCUACCAAAUUCGUCGCCCUGUUCACCGUUCUUCUGUUCCUCAAAGCAUUUCAUUGGCUGGUUGAGGACAGAGUUGAUUAUAUGGAAAGAAGCCCCAUAAUAUCUUGGUUAUUUCAUUUUAGAGUAACAUCACUACUGUUUGUCUUGGGGGCCCUGGACUGGCAUUUCAUUCAAGUAGCAUACCAGGCAACCCUAACUCAAGGAGCAUCAGUACAACUUGUGUUUGGCUUUGAGUAUGCCAUUCUACUGACUAUGGUUGCAAUGGUGACAGUAAAGUAUGCUCUCCACACUUAUGAUAUCAACCGAGAAAAUCCAUGGGAAGACAAAGCCGUUUUCUUGCUCUACGCUGAACUUGCCAUUGGUUUCAUUAAAGUCAUUCUAUACAUGAUGUUCAUGUUAAUCAUGAUACGAGUGUAUACUCUACCGCUGUUUGCAGUGCGACCAAUGUACCUAGCUAUGAGAUCGUUUAAAAAGGCAUUAAGUGAUGUAAUCCUUUCACGGCGAGCAAUUCGCAAUCUAAACACACUUUAUCCGGACGCCACAACAGAAGAUUUAGCUAACACAGACAACGUCUGCAUUAUUUGCAGAGAAGAAAUGGUUACGGGAGCUAAAAAGUUGCCUUGCAAUCACAUCUUCCACGCCACUUGUCUGCGAUCCUGGUUCCAGAGACAACAAACUUGCCCAACUUGCCGACUCGAAGUUUUGCGCGCACCAGGCAACCCUAUUGGAAACCCAGUUCCCCCAGCUGCGGCUAACAUGAGACAACCUCAACAGCAAGCCGCGCCAUCUCCUCCUCCUCCCCAGGCAGCCGCAAAUGCACCACAAGCAGCUCCCGUUCAACCACCGCUACCGCCUUUCAUUCCUCAUCAUCCUCCAUUCAACUUCCCUUUUCCAAUGCCGAAUAUACCCCAACAAGCUGGUGCAAACGAUGCUCGCUACGUUCCAGACACAAAUGGACAACGUCCUGUAAUGCCUCCACCGUUCUCCCUUCCUCCAUUCAUGCCAUUCGUUGUCCCACCUCCGAGACCGCCUGCAAACCUAGGCGCACUCAGUGAUGCUGAGCUACGCGCAAUGGAAGGACAAGAAAGGCGACACCUGGAAGCAAGGAUCCGUGUACUCAGGGACAUCCAAACCUUGCUUGACGCAGCCGUGCUUCAGAUGAAUCAGUAUGGAAUUCUAGUGGCACGCCUAGAACACGAAUCCAAUAAUAACACUGAAACUGUAAGAAGCCCCGGAGAAGAAGCUCCAGCGUCAUCUGGGCAGCAGGCGGAGGAACAGCAACCAGGUGUCAAUGCAACUUCUUCACCAGUGGAAAAUGAAGUUUUGACCCCAGAAGAAGAAACAAACUUGAGUGAUCAGGAAAGAUUGAGACGUCGACGUGUACAGAGAUUUAUGAAUGGCGGAGAGCAAAACUAGAUGUUUACUCGUUUUCAAGGAAUUAUAUUUAUAAAGGGUGUUCACGUAAAGAAGAUUUAUUUGGUUGUAUUCCUUCGUGUGUUCUUUUGCCUCAUAAAUAGGAUACCCAUUCAAAUGUAUCCUUGUAAAUAAUUCCUCCAUUGCUUGGUUUUGGGUGAGACAUGGACUGUCAAAUGAGAUGACGUUUGUAACUAAUACAUGUAUUUUACCUUUUCA